CGCCCCUCAAACUUCGACAAGGACUAGAUUUCGCACCUUAACUCUUGUGUAGGAGAACAGGAAGGAUGUUUGAAGCCAAUGCUAUGAUUGACGAAAUUCCCACCACAGUUCUAGAAAUACCAGAUGAAGACAAAUGGAUUGUUGAUGUUACAGAGAGGAUUACAGAUACCACUGUCAAGAACUGCAAGCAAGAUUUAGGGCAUCCUGUGGUGACGAUAAACAGGGUCCCCAAGUUUCUGUCCUUUCUAAGAAAGGAAUCCUACACUCCUAGGGUCGUGCACCUUGGCCUUUUUCACCAUCGGAUAGGGCAGCCACUCUCUCAUAUGGAGCGCCUCAAAGCAGAAGCCGUAGAGAGAAUGGCAGACAGGCUACACAAGCAAGAGGCGCACUUGCAUUUGAAAGAAGCCAUCAGGGGCCUUGUUUGUGAAAUUCGAGGCUGCUAUGAAGAAGAAUCUGUAUACAAGGACGAAACAGUAGCCAUGAUUCUCACUUUGGAUGGAUGCUUUGUUCUGGAGAUCUUAAGAGUUUUGAGUGCCGAACAGCAGCAGCAACGACAGGGAGGACAGAAUUCCCACCCCAUUUUUAACACUACCAGGAUCAAGUCCUGUCAAUUUGAUCUGCUAUGUGAUUUUUUGAUGCUUGAAAACCAAAUCCCCAUAAUGGUCCUAAUAAAGUUACUGGAAGUGGAAACAGGUUCAGAGUCAGAAGCCAAGAAACAGCUUCUGAGAUUACUAUGCAGCAGUAUUAUACCUGAAAUUCACCCAUUCUUGCCAAAUUGGCUUGACAGAGCCAAUUUGCUUGAAUCACGCCUGAAGGGAUAUGAAGAUCUUGAGAGUUAUAAACAUAUUCUGGGGUUACUCCAGAGUUUAAUUGCAGCAGACCCAAGAGAUAUAGAAGAGACAGCGCCUGUUGAACGGAGCAGAUUUCGCCUUGCAAUACAAGGCCUUCUUGGAAAGCUGAGAAUUCGGCAAAAGGCAAUGGAGCAUCAUCAAACGCUCAUGGCCUCUGCCAGAGAUUUGCACAAGGCAGGAAUUAAGUUCAGACAGUAUUACGGAAUUCCAUCCCAAGGAGGGAUGACAUUCAGAAGGACGACUCUUUUGCUCCCCACAAUUUGGAUCACUGACAGUACAGAAGUGAUUCUGAGGAAUCUCAUGGUUCUGGAGGUGUGCCAGGGAUCUGCGCUUACUGUGAUUUCAUAUUAUGUGCAUCUUCUGAAUGGCUUGGUGGAAACCGAAGCCGAUGUUGCUAUACUGAGGAGGGCUGGCAUUAUCCAGAGCUCCAUGGGCACGGACAAAGAAGUGUCCUACAUGCUGAAUAAUCUUGGCAAGGGAAUCAAUUUCAAUUCAUCAGACGAUCCCUUCAUGAACUUGAAGGUGGAGAUAAAUCACUGGUAUCGAGGCAAUUUUCAGAUCCAGAUAAGAGAAUACAAAGACAAGCAUCCGAGGCUCUGGCGGAACUUUUCCAUCUUUUGGGGCCUCGCACUUCUGGUAUCUGCUGCCAUACCGACUCUUGUCAAAAUAUGGGAAAAGAUCAAAUAGAGCUUGUGUCAUACAUGGAUGCUUUUCAUUAGAUUGCUUGCUACCUCCUCUUAGUGAAAGUAUCUGAGAAG